AGAAGGACUCACCCUCCUGCAGGACAACUGAGCAUCUCUGUGCCUGGCAUUGGCCGCUGCCCAGCUCCUUCACUAUGGUGGUCCCUGCUGGCAAUGAAUCUAGUGCCACAUAUUUCAUCCUAAUAGGUCUCCCAGGCUUGGAAGAAGCUCAGUUCUGGUUGGCCUUCCCAUUGUGUUCACUCUACCUGAUUGCUGUGCUAGGUAACUUGAUGAUCAUCUACAUUGUACGGACGGAACACAGCCUACAUGAGCCCAUGUAUAUCUUCCUUUGCAUGCUUUCAGGCCUAGACAUCCUCAUCUCCACCUCAUCCAUGCCCAAAAUGAUGGCUAUCUUCUGGUUUAAUUCCACUACUAUCCAGUUUGAUGCUUGUUUGGUACAGAUGUUUGCUAUCCAUUCCUUAUCUGGCAUGGAGUCCACAGUGCUGUUGGCCAUGGCCUUUGAUCGCUAUGUGGCCAUCUGUCAUCCACUACGCCAUGCCACUGUGCUUACAUUGCCUCGUGUUGCCAAGAUUGGCAUGGCUGCUGUGGUGCGGGGUGCUGCACUGAUGGCUCCCUUGCCUGUUUUCAUCAAACAGCUACCCUUCUGCCGCUCCAAUGUCCUUUCCCACUCCUACUGCCUACAUCAAGAUGUCAUGAAGUUGGCCUGUGCUGACAUCCGUGUCAAUAUCAUUUAUGGUCUCAUUGUCAUCAUCUCUGCCAUUGGCUUGGAUUCGCUUCUCAUCUCCUUUUCCUAUCUGCUUAUCCUUAAGACUGUGCUGGGCUUGACACGUGAAGCCCAGGCAAAGGCUUUUGGCACCUGUGUCUCCCAUGUCUGUGCUGUUUUCAUAUUCUAUGUACCUUUCAUUGGAUUGUCUAUGGUGCACCGUUUUAGUAAGCGGCGUGACUCUCUCCUGCCUGUCAUCAUGGCCAACAUCUAUCUAUUGGUUCCUCCUGUGCUCAACCCCAUUGUCUAUGGGGUGAAGACAAAACAGAUCCGGCAGCGCAUCCUUCGCCUUUUCCAUGUAACUACACAUAUGACGGACUCCUAAGAAUCACUGAACAACCUUGUUUUCAUUCAAGUUCUCCAAUUCAGAUUCUUCAUGUCAAUGUUUUGGAAGACAGUAUUAAGAAAACAAAUCUCC